AAUCCCAGAACAACUCUGCUGCAUAAUCUGCUCUAAUCCAGUAAUCUGUCCCUCCCCCACCGUGCCAGGCUCAGACCUCAGUCAGUUUUGACCUGCAGGGAUGAAAGCUGCGGCUCUGGAAGAGUUCCUCGUUCUGCCAUGGCCUGAGAGUGAAAACUGGAGGGUCUGGGUUGGUCUUCUGCUGAAGUGUGGAGCUGCGCUUGGGCUCUCUCUGAUCUGCGGGGUCACACUCAGAAGGUGGAUUGGGGGAGGAGUCUGUCGCUGCACGAUCCACCUGGAUGGAAAGACGGUUCUGGUGACCGGGGCGAACAGCGGCAUUGGGAAGGAGACCUGCAGGGAUCUGGCACGCAGAGGGGCCCGGGUGGUCAUGGCGUGCCGGGACCUGACCCGAGCAGUGCAAGCAGCCGAAGAGAUCAGGGAGUCCACAGGAAAUGGGAACGUGGUCGUCAGGCACCUUGACCUGGCCUCGGUCUAUUCUGUCAGGACAUUUGCCAAAGAGUUUCUGGACACCGAGGACAGACUGGACAUCCUCAUCAACAAUGCAGGAGUCAUGAUGUGUCCAAAAUGGCUGACGGAGGACGGCUUCGAAACGCAGCUGGCUGUCAAUCACCUGGGUCACUUUCUGCUGACCAAUCUGCUGCUGGCAAAGAUGAAAAGCUCCGCCCCCAGUCGCGUGGUCAAUGUGUCCUCCAUUGCCCACCGGGGGGGUCGCAUUGACUUUGAUGACCUGUUCUUCAGCCGGCGGCCGUACAGCGCUCUGGAGAGCUACAGGCAGAGCAAGCUGGCCAACGUUCUGUUCACUCGGGAGCUGGCGCGCCGGCUCAAAGGCUUAGGUGUGUCGGCCUUCUGUCUCCAUCCGGGGGUCAUCCGCACCGAGCUGGGUCGCCAUGUAGAGAGCUGGUUCCCCCUGCUGGGGGCGCUGCUGAGGCUCCCCGCCCUGCUGCUCAUGAAGACCCCAUGGCAGGGCUGCCAGACCACCGUGUUCUGCGCAGUGACUCCGGGUCUGGAGGAUCGGUCCGGAUGCUAUUUCAGCGACUGUGAGGAGAAGGAGGCGGCUCCAGAGGGGCGGGACGAUGAGGCGGCGAGGAGGCUGUGGGACCACAGCGCCCGACUGGUCAGACUAGAAGACGCUUGCUGUAAAGGAACCACGGCGGGACUCGGGAGCAGAUGACGUCACACCGAUGACGUCACGCCAAUGAUGUCAUCGGUGUGACGUCACAUCAAUGACGUUUUGGACAGAAGAUGGAAGCAGCUCAGCUUAACACACAGAUCUAGAGGUUCCUGGAACAUCCCAUGGUUCUCCUGAUGAUCCAGCUGAAGGUUCUGGAGGUGAAGUUCUUCUGACCGCUCAUAGAAUCCUCCCGUUCUUCAGAGUCUCUGUUUAAAUGAAUUUAAAGUAUC